CACAAAGCUCCGCGAAAAAUUACAAUUUGAUUUAGGUGAUGUGUAUGGCUUCGCAGAAUACGCGCUUAUAUCCUCAUAGCUUUUCAGUUAGCAACCGUGCACUCUUGGUCCUUGUGUGGGACUUGUGAGCAAAGAUGUUCAUGCUCCGCAAUGUGAGCAAGUUUGUCUUUGGUGACACCACGAAGGAAUCCAUAAUCGAGAUACCCCAAGGCCAACUGUAUAUCGUCCGACCACAGUCACCAAAAGGUUACUCAGAGCUUAUAUUCCGCGACGCUGCAGCUAGCAUCCGACGCACAGGCCAGAAAUUCCAGUAUCAGUUAGUGAUCCAGCGAGCUUACGAGGAAGGAGAGGAGGAACUCGUAGGUGACGAGGACGAGGAAGAUCAUGAGGGUCUGGGUGGAGAUAAAGACGAGAAGACGUUCUUGCUAGACGAGGCGCUUCGUUUCCGAUCCCAAGUACGCGAGGGAGGUGAAAAGGUUCUGGCUUGGCGCGACCUGAGUGGUGACCCAGGAGACCUUUUCGAAUUCGUUUGCGACAGCUCAAUCACUCCAGAUAGAAUUUCUACUUUUUGUCUUGCCGCUGUUGAGUGCCAGUACGAGCGGAAAUACCGGAAGAGCUCGCAGAAGACGUCAGAUCUUCAGGAGUUCUACUUCGACGACGAAAGCCCCAUUCCCAAGGCUAGCCCGGUCGCGAGCCCCACCCUAUCUCGAUCCCCGACGAUGAGGCAAUCGACCACGGCUAUGGCACGGGAAGUACCUGUGCCAAAUGAGAAACCAUCCGAAUCUACGCAAGCGCCUCCUUCCGCUGCACAUCCAGAGGCCACUGAGAUCCUUGCGAAAGAAAAUGCGGAGCUCCAUCUCUUUGAUUUUAAUAGCGGAACAUUCGUUCUGCAAGAUCCCUCUGUCGUCGCAACCGUCUCAGAAAUUGGGAAAUGGCAGUACUGGCUGCAGGUAAGUGGAAACGACCGGGAUUGGUUGGGGCAGGCAGUACUGGCGGAUAUAAAUCCCGUAUUCAAUUUCGAAUAUCUCUCAUUUAUAUUCAAUCAUUACACGGAAGAUGGCUCGGCAUAUUCGUGGCUUCUACGUUUCAAAGACCAGGCGGUCGAGGAGAGAUUCCAAGAAGGUCUUAUGCAAGCAUUAUGGGAGCAGCUAAAUGAAGUUAAAUGGGCGAAAUCGGAAGAAAACGAUAGAGAGUAUGUGCUAGAGGCAUUUAACGAUCUCACAAUGGAAGAUGUACCCGAGGAGGAAGAAGAGGAGGAGGAAGAGGAAGAGGUUGCUGAAGAAGAGGACGCAGGCCAACGCAGCGAACAUUACGAUACGGACGAGGAGGACGACGACGUCGUCACCCGAGAUGAAGACGGAAAUGUCAACUCCCAGCUCGCUGUUGGGUAUAAACACGAUCGAUCCUAUGUUGUUCGUGGAUCAAAAAUAGGCGUCUUCAAGCAUACGCCAAACAAUAAUUUAGAGUUUUCUACAAACAUCUCCAAGGUCGAAACACCAGGAGGAAAACUCUUCAGUCCUAAGAAAGUCAUGCUUCAUUGUGAAGAUUCAAACAUGAUUCUUCAAAAUGAGCAGGAUCCUCACUCUUUGUAUAGAAUGGAUCUUGAGUAUGGAAAAGUUGUUGAUGAAUGGAAAGUUCACGACCAUAUUCCCGUAACUUCGUUUGCCCCUGAAAGCAAAUUUGCCCAAAUGACCUCAAACCAACAAUUCGUUGGUAUUUCCCGUAACGCACUAUUCCGCAUUGAUCCCCGCCUCUCAGGAAACAAGCUGGUGCAAGCGGACCUCAAAGAAUAUGUCAAAAAUAACGACUUCUCUGCCGCAGCGACCACAGAGCAGGGUUAUGUCGCAGUUGCCUCCAACAAAGGUGACAUCCGUAUGUUCGAUAAGUUCGGCGUGCGGGCGAAGACACACAUCCCCGCUCUAGGCGAACCGAUUAUCGGUCUAGACGUUUCCGCUGAUGGCCGUUGGGUCCUAGCUACAUGCCGUACUUACCUCCUUUUGGUAGACGCUCUUCAAAAGGACGGUAAAAAUGAGGGCAAACUUGGCUUUGAGAAACCGUUCGCGAAGGACUCGAAACCCCAGCCACGCCGACUAGGCUUGCAGCCGAACCAUGUCGCCCAGUUCCAGCAUGAGACUGGCAGUCGUAUUUCCUUCACCCCUGCCCGCUUUAAUACCGGCCGCGACGCGUCAGAGACGUCAAUCAUUACAGCCACCGGGCCAUUCAUUGUCACAUGGAAUAUGAAAAAGGUGCUUCAAGGCCGCAAGGACCCGUACACGAUCAAGAGAUAUGCAGAAGAGGUGAAGGCGGAUAAUUUUAAGUAUGGCAGUGAUAAGAAUGUCAUUGUUGCACUGCCGAAUGAAGUCAAUAUGGUCGCGAAACAGACAUUUAAACGGCCAACGAGAGAAAGUAUUGCAGGACCUGUCCGACAUAGCUCUGGGCGGAGAAGUAGCGCGCGUCUUGGGAGGAAUGAGGUUGUGAAUAGCCCCUAUUAACCACGUAGACCCAGGCAAGUUUUGCAACGAUUUGGGCUGUGUUUUCACCCCGAAUUAUUUGUUUGUGAUCCUCUUUUUUCUAUCCCGGCGGCCAGCUGAGCGUUCUUGUUUCCAUGUUUAUCUCAAUAGCUGCCCUCCACUCCUUCCUUUCAGUCGCUAGUAGGCGUUCAUGACGGGAGGUUAAUUUCUGAAUCCGCACGUCUGGGCAUUUUCUUGACAACCUCUUGAUUCUUAAAUUCU